AUGGCAGCUGCUCCUGUUACCAGCAACCCUCAUUCUGAGGCUCCCUCGGAAAAGCAGAAACUCAACGGUACCUCUUCGUCUGAAGCGACUGCCAACAGCUUGGACAACCUAGACAACCCGCGGUUCAAGGAACUUCAGAGGAGCCUGCGCAAUGCUCUGAAGAAACUGAACGCGACCUCGAAAGUUGACUCCAUCAUCGCUGAGAACCCCGGAAAGUCGCUCGAUGAGUUGAUUGCGGACAAGAAGAUCAACAACGACCAGAAGGCGCAGGCACUGAAGAAGCCUGCUCUGCAGGCCAACGUUGCUCAGAUUGAGGAGCAAAUUGCUCACUACAAGGAAUUUGCUGCCUACUAUGAGGAGCGCUUGGUUAGCCAGAAGGAUGACUUGGAGAAGAGCCACAAGGAAGAGUUGGACUCUGCCCGGGAGAAGGCCAUUGCGGAAGCUUCAGAAGCCAACCAGAAAGACUUGAGGAGACAGUUGCUCACCCUGAGCAAGUUCCUCCUUGCUGCCGCUGAAAAGAGACGGUCCGGGGAUGAGUCCUCGACUGAUGCUCAAGCAUUUGAGGCUGUUCUUUACCAGGUCUACGCUGGUUCUGAGGAUGCUGUUACCAACAUGCUCAAGCUCAUUGAUGGUGUGGAUGAGAAGAUCACCAACCUCGAGGGUACGGAGCUUGACGCUACUUACGGCAAAGUUAAGGAAGCCUCCGAGGGUCCUGUUCCUGCGCCUGAGGAAGCCACUACAGAGACCACUCCUGCCUCCGACCCUACUUUGGCCAAUGCUGCCUCCACUGAACUUCAGGACACCGCCGUCGAUGCCACGGAUGCUACCACCACCGAUGCUAAUGGUACGACUGUUCAGACCGAGCAGAUUGCCCCCCCGGCUCAGACAAUGGUGUCUAAUGCUGCCAACGAAAUCGCGGAAUCAUCCUGGGAUCCCAGCACUGGCGCCCCCGCUGAUACCUCUGCGAGUGCGGACGGUUUGAUUGAAGUGCCGCGGGACCCGGCGGAAACAGAGAACGGUCUCCAGGCGACCCCUGCAUCCGUCGACACUGGCUUGAAGAACAACCCCACCGCCGUCCAGCCAGAAGCCGAGAAUGUUGCGGUGCCCAAGCAGAACGGUGAUGGCUUUGAGCCUGUGAGUGGUCACCAGAGACAGAACAGCGGCCGGGGACGUGGUCGGGGCCGUGGUCGCGGUGAUGGAUUCCGUGGCCGCGGCCGUGGUGAGUUCAGAGGCCGCGGUCGUGGACGUGGUCAUGGUCGUGGCCGCGGCGGAUCCAAUGGUGCUCCGGCUGUCGCUGCUGCAGCCCAAUAA